AUGGUCGACAAAAUCUUUCUCACGACGGUCAUCGCCGAUAUUCUCUUCCUGGGCUCGGGUGUGAUGGAGCUGGUUUUCUCGCUGGUCGUAAAGAGCCAAAUGAAUGAUAUGGCCAGUGAUGGAGAGACGGUCACGAGGAAUCUGUUGUAUCAAAGAUUCCCUCUGACCGCGGGUAUUGUCAACGCCAUCUUCAUUCUCGUCACGUUCGCCGUCACCUUGCCUGGACUUGUCAUGCCUGCUCGCAGUUUUCUCAAGGUUUCGGGAUACAUGGUGACGGUGUGUUCAAUAUUCACCAUGUGUGUGGCCGUGUUUCUCUGGGUCAUGACGUUGAGAAUGAAGGAGCAAUUCUUCGACAUCUACAUUGACCAGGAGCCAGAAGUCCAAAGCUUGAUCCAGAACUCGUUCCAAUGCUGCGGUUACCAUAACAGCACAUCGCCCGCCUUUGUCAUGGACUCGACGUGUACUAGCCCUGCCAGUUCAGCUCUGCUGCGUGGGUGUGCUACAUCAAUCUCCAGUUUUGCCAACCUGCAUAUCGAUGGUAUUUUCACUGUUCUCUUUGGUCUCGUCGGUAUCGACGCUAUUUUUGUUCUGUGCAUUGCUUGUCUGCUCAAGGACCGCAAAGAGCGCGAGCGUUACCGACACAUUGACGAGAAGUCAGGCUACCGACAGAUUUAA